AUGGAUGGGUGGAAUGAAAUUUUAAGAUUACCACUGAAUCUUUUUGCUACAGAUAAUUUCAAUAAUCCAUUACCUAAAAGAUCAUUGAUCUCAUCAUUACAAUUUGAUAGUUCCCUGAAUUUCAUUUGGUGUGGUGAUUCAAACGGGUAUACUAGAUCAUUUACAUCAUCAAGCAAUUCGAUGUACUCCAACUUGCAAUUAUAUCCCUAUACGAAAUUUCAAUCUAAUUAUACUAAUCAACCAAUAUCACAAUUAUUAUCUCAUAAAGAUGGUAUACUUUCCCUACUGACAAAUGAAUUAAAUUUUACAACAAGAAGAGGAAUUAAUAAAUUACAUGUUAGUGCCAAGACGUUUAAUGAUGAAUCGUUUAAUAAUUUAACUAGUAUGACAUUUAAUUGCAACUCAUACAAUGAUGUGGUGGUAGGUACGGAUACGUCAUUAUCAAAAUUUGAUUUGUACAAGCCAAAUGUAUUAUCGACAUUUGAUCAUCAAGGUGAUAUUUCCAAAUUGAAUAAUUCUGGUAAAUUUUUGACAAUUGCAAAUAGUAAUGGAUCAUUAGAUAUUUUCGACCCUAUUUCAAAUUCAACGGUUAAAUCCUUUUCAGCUCAUAAUGGAUUUAUAUCUGAUAUGGAUGUAAGAGGAAAUUAUAUUGCUACAUGUGGUUAUUCAGUUCGUCCAAAAAGGUAUCAUCAUAAUCAAACCCCAGAAUAUAUGGUGGAUCCAUUGGUGAAUAUUUAUGAUACAAGAAUAAUGAGAGCAAUUGCACCUAUUCCUUUCCCUACCGGUGCCACAUCUGUCAGAUUUCAUCCUAAAUUACCAAAUAUCAUCAUCAUUGCCUCUGUUGUUGGACAAUUGCAAUUUGUUGAUAUAUUUGAUCAAACAAAUGUCAAUGUGUAUCAAACUAAUUUAACUCCACCCCCAGUUAUCGGUAGCUCAUUGAACAACGGGUCCAAAAUACCGAAAAUGUCCAACUUGGAAAUCAGUAGUAGUGGUGAUUUUUUGAUGUUUAAUGAUGAUAGUGAUAGCAUCCAUUUAUGGUCGAUUAAUUCAUCGAGUAACGAUUUUGUCAAUUUCCCACCUCCAGUGGAACAACCCGAUAUCAUUGAACAAAAUGUUGAAUACAUUGGCGUUGAUGAUAAUGUUCCCUUGUCUAUUGUGGGUAUGCCGUACUAUAAGGAUUUGUUAUUGUCAAAUUAUCCAAAUGAUUUACGAUUUGUUAAAGAGUCAGCAAAACUACCUGAAUCCAUCGAUAUGGAGCUAAUACUAGAGAGUCAAAAACAUCCAGGCUCAUUUAUACCGUAUGAUAAAUUGAAAUACGGACCAGGAAAUGUCUACAAACCAUACCAGUCUCUUAAGGAGUAUAAAGAAAUAACUGUUCCUAAAUUUAUCAGUGAAAGAAAAGAUGGUGAUGAAGAUACAUCCACUUCGGCUGAUGUUACUGAACUCGUUGCUGAUGAGAGUAUUUUUCAAUAUAAGUGCAACACUAAUGGAAAUUCCAGUAAUUGUAAAGUGCCGAACUGCUAUUCACGUUUACAAAUUCAGUAUUCAAGAUUUGGUGUUAAAGAUUUUGAUUUCAGUUAUUACAAUAGAACCAAUGACUACUGUGGGUUGGAGAAUCAUACAGAUAAUUCAUACAUAAACUCCCUUUUGCAGUUGUACCGCUUCCAGUCCAUCAUUUACAAUCAAGCAGUUGGUGCGUUAUCAAAUGAGUGGUUGCCAGUUGACGAAUCAAUACUUGACACUAACCCCUGA